AUGACAUCGCGUGAAUACGUCGUGGGUAGCGCCGAAGGGGCGGAUUUCCCUUGCCUUAGCGAUGCCCUCGAGGCUGCGCAGCCCGACGACGUCUUCUGGCUUCAGCCCGGAACCCACGAGUCCACGGGUCCCAUCACGCAAACGGUGGUUUUAAUCGCGGCGAGCGCGCGAAACCCCCCGCCGCCCGCCGAUCCCACGACGGAGGAAGAGGAAGACGUCGUCCCCGCCACCCUCCUUGCCCCGACGAUUGAGGGAAGGGUCACGUUAUGCCACCUCCACAUUCGCGGCCGUGUGGAGGUUUACCGAGGCCACGCGAUGAUCGAGGAGUGCAACAUCUACGACGGCCCUGAUGGGGUUCGCGUAGGGGCAGGAGCCGGGCUCACGCUACGCAACAGCCGCGUUCGUCAUUGCAGCACAGGGGGAAUCGGGGUGUACUUCAUGCGAGGCUCCACAGGGGAGGUGGAGAACACCGAUGUCUACGAGUGCCGCGUCUUCGGGAUCCACGUCGAUGGCGCGAAGGUGGUGUUGCGGAAUAACCGCAUCCGGGAUUCCGCGUGUGGGAUUUACUUUCGACGGCGCGCGUCCGGUCUGAUCGAGCUCAAUUCGGUGGAGUACAUCCGAAACUUUGGGAUCUGUGUGACGGAGAAUAGCAACCCUGUCGUGCGCUCCAACAGGGUGCAGCACUGCGGCGUUCAGUGUUUGUACGUCUCGAAGGGGUCGGAAGGGGUCUUCACCGAGAAUGUCUUUGAAGGGUCGGUCCAUGUGCUACCAAACUGUAAUGUAAAGUUUAUAGAGAAUCAGAUCAUGGGCGCUGCGGAUGUUGACAUUUUUACCGGAGUGUUUCCAAGGUAA